AUGGCUUGGCGACAUCUCGUGCCCCCCGGUCUUUGCGCUGCCGCAGGAGCCUCCAUCUUCCUGUCCAGCAGCGCCGAUUCCGCCUCGGCCUCCGCCCCCUCCAUCGUCGCGCUGUCCUACAAUGACGGGCACCAACGGCGCGCCCCUCGAAUGAUCAUCGGAGACCCCGACACGUUCGCGCGCAAGAUGAACAAGUUCACGCGCGACGGAGCGGGUCAGUUGCUGGUGAUCGCCGACUUCGACCGCACCUUGACGCCGUACUACAAGCAGCGCAGCGACCCGACGGAGCCGCUGGAGCAGGAGAGCAGCAGCCACGGCCUGCUCAUGACCAGCAGCGUGCUGUCUCCGGAGGUGGCGGCCGCCCACCAGGAGCUCUUCGCCCGGUACUACCCCGUGGAGAUCUCGUCCACGUUGUCGGCGGACGAGAAGUUCCCCUUCAUGGCUCAGUGGUGGGAGAGCACGCACUCGCUGCUGGUCGAGUCCAAGCUCACCAAGAACCAGGUGAAGCAGGCGGUGGCGCAGGGCUCGCUGGGCUUCCGCCCGGGCUUCCACGCGCUCUUCAAACUGCUGCACGACCAGCAGGUGCCCACGCUCGUCUUCUCCGCGGGCCUCUACGACGUCAUCCACGCGGCGCUCGAGAAGGAGUUCGCAGCGGAGCAGAAGCGCAGCGAGGGGCCCAUCGCAGCCGACGACAUCCCCGACGCGCAGCUCUUCACGCCCGACAACGUGCACGUCGUGUCCAACAUGAUGCGAUUCGACGCCCGGGGCCGCAUCAAGGGCUUCGACGGCCAAGGGAUCCACCCGCUCACCAAGACGGCGCACGCGCUGCUGGACUCGCCCUUCUGGAAGGACCGCGAGCUCGACAAGCGACGCAACGUGCUGCUGCUCGGAGACUCGCGGGGCGACGUGCGCAUGGCCGACGGGCUGGACGCAGAUGAGAUCAUCCGCGUCGGCUUCCUCAAUGUGCACGUGGACGAGGCGUUAGAUGAGUACCUCGAGCUCUACGACGUGGUGUUCACCAACGACGCUAGCCUCAUGCCCGUGCAGAUGCUCAUUGAGCAGAUGACGGCCGACAAGAAACAGUAG